UAAUAUUUAACACACCCACAGGAGGCUGGAGUUGCUGCGCUGCGAGUAGGGGCAGACUGAUGCUUUUUGAACAGAACAGGGGGAUUUCACUCUGCACCUGCCAAAGACCUUCCCUUCUGCCUGCUCGCUAUCCGCUCUUCUUGCUCCCCGGCCCUCCCCACUGUAAGUGCCCAGGCUUGAUAGGAAUCAAGGAGACCCAUGAAUGCCAGCAACACAAGCACCCCCCCAGAUCUGCUCUAAUCUCUUCCCUGUGUGUGUUGCACUGUUUCAGCAGCUUGUUUUCCAGCCAUGCUGAGUGCCAAGCCGGGGCUGCUCCUAUGUCUCCUAUCCUCUCCUGUGUGACUGCCCUCUCCCUCUCUCUGAAUGAGGAUUUCUGGAUACAUUACAGAAGAACCGUCCCAACCCAAUGAUUCCCAGCUCUGUGCAGAGGCAGCCCUGCAGCUGAAGCCGGGGGUCACUUCAGUGGGGAUGCCCAGCAGCUCUAUGCCCAGCUCAUUCCAACGUUUCGGAUUCUUCUCUUUCUCAUUUCACUUCUGCUAAUUCUCUUCUUCAUUUUGUAUUAUCCAUUCCUUUUUAACUUUUAAUAUUCCCUUUGCCUGCGGACUUGAUUGCGAUACCAUCUUUAGAACCAACAAGGCAAAUGGAGACUAUUUAUAAAGAACGCAUUCUCCUUUAGAGCUUGUCGCCGGGGGUUACUCCGUCUACCUGCGCCGCCUUUGGUUUUGGACCUGGUUGUUGGGGGUGGGGGGGUGGAUUCUGUAUUCAUAGAAGGGGAAAAUGAAGAUGAUUCUGGUUCGGAAGUUCAGGGUGCUGAUCCUGAUGGUGUUCCUGGUGGCCUGCACCCUGCAUAUCAUGAUAGAUCUCUUGCCAAAGCUGGAGAGGAGAUCAGUAAGGAGUGAUGGGGAGAUGGGGUGCGCCUGCUCUCAGAAUCACAAUGAGGAGUCCCACCAGCAGGGAUGGGGUAAGGUUCGACCCAAGAACACAGGGGAGCCGGGCUGGCCCAACAAGCACACCCUGAGGAUCUUACAGGACUUCAGCAGCGACCCCAGCUCCAACCUCACCUCCCAUUCAUUAGAGAAGCUGAGUGGCACAGUGGACAAAAAUGAAUCGUUCAGAAAGCUGGAGCAGCAGGAGGGCCCCAGAGACAUUGCUGAUAAGCAGCUGAUCCAGGAAAGGAGUAUAAACAAAGCCCAUGUUGGCACUGGGCACUCCAGGCUGGCAGCCCUCUUCCAGCACCCCCUGUACAAAAGCUCAGUCCCCCCACUCACAGAGGAUGAUGUCUUAUUUAAUGUCAACAGUGAUAUUAGGUUUAACCCCAAAGCUGCUGAGUCCCAGGACUGGCAACACGUAGUCAAUGAAGGCAACGAAGAGGAAGUAUUUAUGCCGACGGGAGAAGCACAUAUAGAUUCCUAUCCCAACUGGUUAAAGUUUCAUAUUGGCAUAAACCGUUACGAGUUGUACUCCACGCAGAAUCCGGCAAUAGAGACUUUGCUUCAAGACCUGGCCACUCUAAAAAUCAACACUGUGGCAAUGAAGACUGGAGGCACGCAGCUUAAGCUCAUCUUGACAUUCCAGAAUUACGGACAAGCUUUGUUUAAACCGAUGAAGCAAACAAGAGAACAAGAGACGCCACCUGACUUUUUCUACUUUUCGGACUAUGAGCGGCACAAUUCUGAGAUUGCUGCUUUUCACCUUGACAGGAUUCUCGACUUCCGUCGCGUGCCACCAGUUUCUGGCAGAUUGGUGAACAUGACUAAAGAAAUAAGGGAUAUUACAAGGGACAAGACAUUAUUGAGAACGUUCUUCAUCUCACCAGCAAACAACAUCUGCUUUUAUGGAGAAUGCUCCUAUUACUGCUCAACGGAACAUGCACUUUGUGGAAAGCCCGAUCAGCUAGAAGGUUCCUUGGCAGCGUUUCUCCCAGACUUGUCCCUGGCUAAGAGGAAAAAUUGGAGAAAUCCAUGGAGGAGAUCAUACCAUAAGCGAAAGAAAGCAGAGUGGGAAGUUGACCCUAACUACUGCGAAGGAGUAAAGAUGACCCCACCCUACGACAGCGGCACUCGGCUCCUUGACCUCAUCGACAUGACUGUGUUUGACUUUCUGAUGGGGAAUAUGGAUCGUCACCAUUAUGAAACCUUUGAGAAGUUUGGCAAUGAAACAUUUAUCAUUCACUUGGAUAAUGGAAGAGGAUUUGGAAAAUAUACACACGAUGAACUCUCCAUCUUGGUCCCUUUGAUCCAGUGUUGCAGAAUAAAGAAAUCUACUUACCUGCGGUUACAGUUACUAGCAAAGGAAGAGUACUUGCUAAGCCGAGUGAUGGAGGAAUCUUUACAACUCGAUAAGUUAGCACCUCUUCUUUAUCGGCCACAUCUAGACGCAUUGGACAGAAGAUUACGGAUUGUUCUAAACGCAGUCAGUGACUGCCUUGAAAAACAUAGUUAUAAUGACGUAGUUGAAGAUGAUUGGGACUCAUCUGAUGCAAAAGACAAAACAACCAAGAGGUAGUGACGUUAAAUUAAAAAAAAACGCUGCUAACUUCAAAGGAGGUGAAGACAACAGUCUUAAAAAAGGGACUGUAUAUGCUCCAGAGUGAAUUCAGUGAAUUCAGAUUAAAGAUGUAAUUGUUCCCUCUGUAGUCAACCUAUAGACAGACACGCAGGAUUAGGUAAAUAAGACGUUUGUAUUAUAAGUAGAUUUUAUGGAUGUGCAUAAAAACGAUAUGGUCAAAGACCCUCCGAGUUGGGCUUGUAAGGAGAAUAUGUUUUCUUUGUACAGAUAGAAGCUCUUUAUUUAAAGAAAACAUAUUUAUAUAUGGUAUAUCUAUUAAAGGAAAAAAUGAUGAUCUACCUACCACUUUUUCUAACAAAAAAAAAAAAAUUAUCUGUGAUAUUGAUUUAAGAUAAAGACACCAAAUGAUUGUCAGGAGAAUUUUAGCUUUAUUUUGAAGGGAUAUGAUUGCAACUACUAGUACUUUUUUAUUUAAAAAAAAGGUUUACUAAUCCAGUAUCUGAAAGGUACAUGGAGUUAACAGGAUACAAUCCACGGCAACUGUGCAAUGGAAGCUUUACUGGAAUGCAGAACAACAAAAAAGAAAGGAUAUUUAUCAUGUCUUUAUCAGGCCUUUAUUUUUGGACCUUCAUUUCAGGGCCUCUAUCUUCUUAAGUUGGUUUUUAAUAUGUUGGUGUAAAUACUGUACAUAACAUACCUGGAUACUGGUUGCCAUAGGCAGCUGUAUGCUUCAUUUUGCAACAUUUUUGUGUUUGCAGCGUGGUAAAAGUGCAAUAAAAAAGGCAAAUCUGCACCUCAAAGUGUCUUUUGUCAGAAAUUGUCAGUCACAUAUUAUAGGUGUUGCUUUGUUGGUUCAUGAUCUCUUUCUCCUGGGAUUCACUUAAUUCUUGCCCCACAGAAGCAUCAUGAGAAUUGUACCUUCUAUUGUACAUGUGUACAAAAAAUAAUGGCAGAGAGUCACACCGGAAAGUGAUUAUUGGUGCUGCAUACACACUGUGCAUUCAAGAUGCAUGGAGGCACCCUACAUGUGAAACAGUUAAUCCUUUGUGGUUCAGUUUAAGCACCACUUGAAAGUCCAACCUUUCCCCAUGGCCCCCAUUAAAGGUCUUACCUUUGGUCAGGGCCUCCCUUUGCUCAAGAAAUGAGUAUAAUUAUGGGAAACUAUUGGUUUAUUACUCUUCCAGUUCAUAGUAUUAAGACUUUACUACAAGACUUGACCUUUAUGCUGGGCUUUUGGGUGUAUCUAAGAAGAGCAAAUGGUCGUUGUCACCAAUUCUUAUCCUAACUAGCCUACAGGCUGAUCCCAUUCUGCUACUGCUGAAAAGUGGCUAACACGGGUACAUUAGGCUCCUUAAUUGCAUUAAUUGCCUUAAUUAAACCUACAGCUAAAGUUCUUAGUGAAACACCUUGCCAUUUCUUAGUUGUUGAACUUGUAUAUUUUAGAUAUUAUGAAGCCUUUGUAAACCCUUCCCAUAUCAUAGCUUGGUGAGGGAAUGGUAAAACAGAGAGUGUUUCACUGUGGCUUUUGCACACAUGAUAGAUAAAAGAAAAACUUUUGUACAAAAUACAAUUAAUCAUACCCCAGACAGUCCGGGUCAUAGAGUUAUACAUUUUUAUGCAUUCCCUGUUGUAAGUCUGUCUUUACCCAUUUUGCAGUUUAGCUUUGACCUGUGAAUGCUAAGUCACAUACAAACGCAUAUAUAGCUAUAGAUAUUUUUUAUGUAUUAGUCACAUGACUGUGAAGUUCAUAAAAAGCCCUUAUAAUCAUAUAAUCCAAAAUUAGUGAUUAGCGAAUCUGUCCCAUUUUGCUUUGCCAUAAAAUUUGCGAAACAGUGAAAAAUUUGCGAAAUGCAUUGGCAUAAUAAGUCACAUGCAUAUGAAGAAACCCAUGGAAAUUUUUCGUAUGCAUGUGACUUAUUUCUCACUCCAAAUACAUUAAAGUCGAUUGGCAUUUUGUUUCUGCAAAUUUUCACAGCAAAUUCUGAUUGGAAAAUGCAGCAUUUUGCCACAAAUCCAUGUCUAGUAAAAAGAUUUGCUCGUUACUAUCCAAAACCUUUAUAAUUUUGUUAAUGGCUGUCCAGCUGAAGGCCCAAUGGUCAGAAGUGGCCUUUCUAGAGACUUUUCUGGAACCUAGACAGACUUAACACUGAAAAUGUUAUGUCUGCAUGAUAUUGAUUAUAAUCCUGCCCCUUUACAUUUUGUAAGAUAGAUAAUCACCCACAAUUACACAUGUCCACCUUAAUGACAGAUAAAAGCAUGGGAUUUGGUACCAGGAAGCCAAGGGACAGAUACUAUAUGUCUUCCCAAUGUAUACAAUCCUUAUUGUCAUAGUGCUUAAACCAGAAUUAAAGCAUUAUCCAAGUUUGCGCAGUUAAGAUGCACUUCAGAUAUACUAAAAUGGUUGGUUUCUGCUAGAAAUACAUCCAUGCAGAAUUUAUUCAAGCCUCAUGAAUGAUUAAGGAAACUGAGUGCUGGCUUUAUAUCCAAAUCCAAACCCUAAUGCACAUGAACCAGACAAUAGUGCUACAAAUCAUGUUUACAGACCAGACUGUGUUAUCAAACAAUGGGUUUAUUUUCCUUAAUUAGCAGUGUUCUAUAACGAUUACAGUAUGUCUGUAUAUAACCUAGAAUAGAAUUCCCUCUUUGUUAUUGUGAUCAUCUUUCAAAGAAUAAAAUAAUGUUUAUUCUGUA